GCCUCGUUAUGCUGCCCUUUAUUCUUCGAUACUUUUAGAGUAUAUCCUUUGAAUAAUUUCGUCGAUAAUUAUGAAACCUUGAAUUAUCGUGUUGUGAACACAGUCCGGAAAAAACGUUCGUCGGGUUACGGAGAGCCUUUGAACCUUAAAUUUUUCGCAUAUAAUAGGACAUUCCAUUUAAUUCUAUUGCCACUCGAUCCAUUGAAUGAUCAUUUUCAUCCGGAUCACAUAUUAGAUGAAGAUGGUCGAUAUGAGGACAUAGAGCCUCAUAAAUUUCUUUAUGAAGGAUUCGUCAAAGAUGACCCGGGAUCCAAAGUGUAUGGGUCGAUUCUUGAUGGUGUGUUCGAAGGUCACAUCCGAACAGGAGAUGGUAAUUCAUACAGUGUGGAUAGGGCAGCGAAGUACUUCGACUACGAUAGUCGACCUUCUCAUUAUCAUUCGAUUUUAUAUCGUGACGAUGACAUUAACCACAGCAAGAUGCGUGUGAAAAGCGACGUCGGUUUGCAUUCAUGUGGAUUGGAUGAUCGUGUGAAGCGUGAUAUGGAACGGAUACAACGUUCAGCCGAAGUUCCUCCAGAUGUGUACACAAAUUACGUGACAAUGCAUGGCCGAUCAAAACGUGCAACUAGGGACAGUAAUGGAUUGUACACAGUGAGGACAUGUUCUCUGUAUCUUCAAGCCGAUCAUAAACUUUACGAGCACAUCAAAAGAAAGGAGGGAAACAAUGAUCCGAUAAGAACUCGCGAAGAGAUCGUUAGCCUAUUCUAUAACCACAUCAAAGCUGUGAACGAGAUCUACGAAGGAACGAAUUUUAACGGCAUCAAAGGACUUCAUUUUGUGAUCCAAAGAACUUCGAUCUAUACACCAGAGACCUGUGAUCGUGGCCGUCCCGUGCCGGGUAGCGACAACCCGUUCUGUGAAGAGAAUGUGGACGUGUCUAAUUUCCUCAAUCUGAAUUCUCAGCGAAACCAUUCAGCCUUUUGCCUUGCCUAUGCACUUACUUUUCGAGAUUUCGUUGGUGGAACCCUAGGAUUGGCAUGGGUUGCAAGUCCACAAUACAAUACGGCGGGUGGCAUCUGCCAAAUUUAUCAGCGUUACAACGAGGGCUCGAGAGGCUGGGUGUUUCGUUCAUUGAAUACAGGGAUUGUGACGUUGGUCAACUACGGGAAUCGUGUACCUACAAGAGUCUCUCAGUUGACGCUUGCUCAUGAAAUCGGACACAAUUUUGGCUCACCCCAUGAUUUUCCUAUAGAGUGUCAACCGGGUCUGCCUGACGGAAAUUUCAUCAUGUUUGCGUCUGCAACAUCUGGAGACAAGGUGAACAAUGCGAAGUUCUCGCCAUGUUCCGUG